AUGGCCGUGGUCUCGUCCGCCGCCGUCGCCCACGAGGCCCUGGUGAAGAACGACGCGGCGCUCGCGGCCCGGCUCGUCCCCGACAACGUGCGCGCGCUGUCGUACGGCGCCAAGUCCAUGGUCUUCCUCCCGAGCUCCGACCAGCUGUGGCGGCAGCUCCGCGUCCUGAUCGGCGCCGGCUUCUCCUCCAGCCAAAUCCGCCCCGUCCUGGAACGCCGUGCCGGCCACGACGUGGUGGACCUGCGCGAGCAGCAGAAGGCACAGACGUUCAAGAGCCUCGUCGUGCCCGUGCUCGAGGAGUGGUCCAAGCCCAGCGUCUCCGACGCCUUCCCUUUCCUGGCGCCGCUGGAACACCUCCUCGGCUCGCGCCGCCGCAUCUCCACGCACGUGGCCAAGCUGUUCAGGUUCUUUGAUGAGGUGAUCAUUGAGAAACGAUUAGCUUGCGGCGAGAAGCACAAUGACAUCUUGGAUGUUCUCCUCUCCCGGAUGGCCAUGGCCAAGCUCACGCGCCAACAGAUCACUACAUUUCUAACAGAUAUGUUCAUCGCGGCGAGUGACACGAGCACGGUAACCGUGCAAUGGGCGAUGGCAGAGCUGCUUCGCCACCCGGAGAAGAUGAAGAAGGUGAACGCCGAGCUCGCUGAGAAACUAGGGUCUAAAGAUUUCGUCACGGAGAGCGACCUCAGCGAGCUGCCGUACCUCCAUGCCGUGGUGAAGGAGACACUUCGCCUACACCCAGCAGUACCUCUGAUACCGCCUGUUACUACGGAGAAGAGGACCGAGGAUGGGGAAGGCCCGCAAGUCCGGCCCAGAUCGCCAAGACAAAGGAAGCCCAAUCCCAGAUUCAUCGGAGAGCAAUGGGCCUGA